CCCCAGCCCGGGGCUCCCCGCUCCGGGCCUUCCCGGGAGGCCUCCUGGGUCAUGGCAGCGUGGUGGCCGCCGCUGGACCUCCCGAGAGGAGAGGACUCGGAGGUGGAAGGGGCGCGGAACGCAGUCUCUGGCUUCGACCCCAUUUAGAGAUGGGGAAACUGAGGCACCGGCCGCUGGCUGGGUCCCCACUGCUAUAGUUGGCAUCAAGAGCCCCGGGCUGUAAUAACUCACGUCUGUGCCGUGGGGCUUAUCAAUCGGCUUUGGGGUGUUCGCGGCUUCUUUCUAGGAAGAGCGGUUGGGGUUUUGGCCUCGUUAAUGGCGUGUUCUGCUUUUUCUUUCAGUUUCGGGGUGAGGAUGGUUUUAUACAACUGCCCGGAGUUCUUUAGUUGAAAGGUGCGCUGUGUUGAGACAAGGCAUUUUGAUUUGCUGUCUGUUUGCAGCAUGGACGCCCAAUUGCUACAGACACGCUUUGGGACUGCCAGUGAGUUUACCUUUUGCACUUUUAUGACCAAUUUAUUAGUAGUUCCCUUUUUUUCUUGAGCUAGUAUUUUAAAGUUACUGUCACAAUGAGUUCAAGCUUAUGGAGCCAAGAAAAAGUUACCUCACCCUACUGGGAAGAGAGGGUUUUUUAUUUGCUUCUUCAAGAAUGCAGUGUUACAGACAAGCAAACGCAAAAGCUGAUUAAAGUACCAAAGGGGAGCAUAGGACAGAAUAUCCAAGAUCGCCCUUUGGGACAUUCAAGGGUUCCUUCUGCAAAAGGCAAGAAAAAUCAGAUUGGAUUAAAAAUUUUAGAGCAACCGCACGCAGUUCUUUUUGUGGAUGAAAAGGAUGUUGUAGAAAUAAAUGAAAAAUUCACGGAGUUACUUCUGGCAAUUACCAACUGUGAGGAGAGAUUCAGCCUGUUUAAAAACAGAAACAGACUAAGUAAAGGCCUCCAAAUAGACGUGGGCUGCCGUGUGAAAGUACAGCUGAGAUCCGGGGAAGAAAAAUUUCCUGGAGUUGUGCGCUUCAGGGGACCCUUGUUAGCAGAGCGGACGGUGUCGGGCAUAUUCUUCGGAGUAGAGUUGCUGGAAGAAGGCCGUACCCAAGGGUUCACCGAUGGACUGUAUCAGGGGAAGCAGCUCUUUCAGUGUGAGGAAGAUUGUGGAGUGUUUGUUGCCUUGGACAAGCUAGAAAUCAUGGAAGACGAUGACACUGGAUUGGAAAGUGAUUAUGCAGGUCCUGCAGACGCGAUGCAAGUUGAACUCCCCCCUUUGAAGAUAAACUCCAGAGUUUCUUUGAAGGUUGGAGACACUUUAGAGUCUGGAACAGUUAUAUUCUGUGAUGUUUUGCCAGAAAGAGAAAGCUUAGGAUAUUUUGUUGGUGUGGACAUGGAUAAUCCUAUUGGCAACUGGGAUGGAAAAUUUAAUGGAGUGCAGCUUUGUAGCUUUGCAAGUGUUGAAAGUACACUCCUUUUGCAUAUCAACGAUAUCAUCCCAGAUAGCGUGACACAGGAAAGGAGGCCUCCCAAACUUGCCUUUAUGUCAAGAGGUGUUGGGGACAAAGGCUCAUCUAGUCAUAAUAAACCAAAGGCUACAGGAUCUACCUCAGACCCUGGAAAUAGAAACAGAUCUGAAUUAUUUUAUAACUUAAAUGGGUCUUCUGUUGAUUCACAGCCACAAUCCAAAUCAAAAAAUACGUGGUACAUUGAUGAAGUUGCUGAAGACCCUGCAAAAUCACUGACCGAGCUAUCUCCAGACUUUGGACAUUCUUCACCACCAUUACAGCCUCCUUCCAUGAACUCAUUGUCCAGCGAGAACAGAUUUCACUCCUUACCGUUUAGUCUGACAAAGAUGCCCAAUACCAAUGGGAGUAUUGGCCACAGUCCGCUUUCUCUGUCAGUUCAGUCCGUGAUGGGAGAGCUGAACAAUACACCCGUCCAGGAAAGCCCACCCUUGGCCACAUCCUCUGGUAACACGCAUGGUCUAGAAGUAGGCUCUCUGGCUGAAGUUAAAGAGAACCCUCCUUUCUAUGGGGUGAUCCGCUGGAUUGGUCAACCACCAGGACUCAAUGAAGUACUAGCUGGACUAGAACUGGAGGAUGAAUGUGCAGGCUGCACAGACGGAACCUUUAGGGGCACUCGGUAUUUCACCUGUGCCCUGAAGAAGGCGCUCUUUGUGAAACUCAAGAGCUGCAGACCUGAUUCUAGAUUUGCAUCACUACAGCCAGUCUCCAAUCAGAUUGAACGCUGUAACUCCUUAGCAUUUGGAGGCUACUUAAGUGAAGUAGUAGAAGAAAAUACUCCACCAAAAAUGGAAAAAGAAGGUCUAGAGAUAAUGAUUGGAAAGAAGAAAGGGAUCCAGGGUCAUUACAAUUCUUGUUACUUAGAUUCGACCUUAUUCUGCCUCUUUGCUUUUAGUUCUGUUCUGGACACUGUGUUACUUAGACCCAAAGAAAAGAAUGAUGUAGAAUAUUAUAGUGAAACUCAAGGACUACUGAGGACGGAAAUUGUUAAUCCUUUGAGAAUAUAUGGAUAUGUGUGUGCCACAAAAAUUAUGAAACUGAGGAAAAUACUUGAAAAAGUGGGGGCUGCAUCAGGAUUUACCUCUGAAGAAAAAGAUCCUGAAGAAUUCUUGAAUAUCCUGUUUCACCAUAUUUUAAGGGUAGAGCCAUUGUUAAAAAUAAGAUCAGCAGGUCAAAAAGUACAGGAUUGUUACUUCUACCAAAUCUUUAUGGAAAAAAACGAGAAAGUUGGUGUUCCUACAAUUCAGCAGUUGCUAGAGUGGUCUUUUAUCAACAGUAACCUGAAAUUUGCAGAGGCACCAUCAUGUCUGAUUAUUCAGAUGCCUCGAUUUGGAAAAGACUUUAAACUAUUUAAAAAAAUUUUUCCUUCUCUGGAAUUAAAUAUAACAGAUUUACUUGAGGACAGCACCUUAACCCCCGCCUCCCCAUCCGCUGCCACCCUCUUAGCCCCCAGGCAGUGCCGGAUAUGCGGAGGACUUGCCAUGUACGAAUGCAGAGAGUGCUAUGAUGACCCUGACAUCUCAGCUGGAAAGAUCAAGCAGUUCUGUAAGACCUGCAACACCCAAGUCCACCUUCAUCCCAAGAGGUUGAGUCAUAAGUACAACCCCGUGUCACUUCCCAAGGAUUUGCCUGACUGGGACUGGAGACACGGCUGCAUACCCUGCCAGAAGAUGGAGUUAUUUGCUGUGCUCUGCAUAGAGACCAGCCACUACGUUGCUUUUGUGAAGUACGGGAAAGACGACUCGGCCUGGCUCUUCUUUGACAGCAUGGCCGACCGGGAUGGUGGUCAGAAUGGCUUCAACAUUCCGCAGGUCACCCCAUGCCCAGAAGUUGGUGAGUACUUGAAGAUGUCUCUGGAAGAGCUGCACUCCUUAGACUCCAGAAGGAUCCAAGGAUGCGCACGAAGACUCCUCUGUGAUGCAUACAUGUGCAUGUACCAGAGUCCAACCAUGAGUUUGUACAAAUAAACGGGGUCGCCGGAGAGGUGAAGAAGCUGAACGCAGGAUUUUAACGUUGCGUUUUACUCGAGCUGGCAGUUUUGUUCAGCGUCCAUUGCCGGCAAUGGACGUCUUUGUGGUGAGGAUCCUUCCGAAAAGGAUUCCAGUGUUUAAAAACAAAUUGCUUUUGUGUUACUGAAGUAUUUAAUAAGACGCAUUUUGCACUCUAGAAAGUAUGUUUGUGUUGGUUUUUUAAAAAGUCUAAAUGCAGCUAUUAAUACCUGAAGCUUUCAGUUAAGUGCGUUGACCAUACGAUAUUUUUGGAAGCAUAAAACGUCUUUUAGUCCAUUGAGAAUGUAAAUAAAUGUGUCUUCUUUCUGGACCAAGGAUGUGAAAUCAUUUUUCCUUUGUAGCUCAUGGUGGCCUUGAGGAAGGAGUCCUUUGGUUUGGUUAAGAGCCUGUUUUCCAUCUGUUUUUAAAGGUGUACUCAGUUUGACUUGUUAACUCUUUCCUAUCUAGUGCCGAUUCCUGCAUGUCUGCAAUCUGCUGAGUUUCUGUAAUAGUGGCCAGAAAAAGAGUUAAAGCCCCUUAAUGGAGGAUUAGGAUAUUCAGCAAUUGAAGCUCUUCAUUCAUAGCUGUAACUGUCAACCAACAGGUUUUUUUCAAGGCUCUCCAGCUAUUGUGUGGGACCGGACAUGAUAAAUUUCAUACCGAAGGUGGGAGUAAUAAGUGUAAUGCUAUAUAAAAAAAAAAAAAAAAAAAUGCUAUAUAGUCCUCCACAAAUACAUGCUCCAGAAGACAGUACGUUUGGCAUAUAGAAUCACUCACUAAAAUGUCCCUGAAAAGAUGUUUUGGGUACCUAGACCUCUGCUCUUUCGAACAAGUCUGUCCUGAGCUUAAGUUUGAUCGGUCAGCCAGUACCCUGACUGAGUUCACUUCAGCUUCAGUGGCGAUAAUGACAGUUAUGAAUCGUGUUUUAUUGAAAUGUUGUCAGCAGCUGCAUCCUUCUUCUGAUUAAAUAAAUAAAAAACGGGAUGUUUUCUUGGCUAAUAUCCCUAAUGUGUUUAUAGACCUCGAGUAAAUGUGGUAGACUAGAAGCCCAGAUGUCUGUGCUGUGGAGUGUGUGUUCUAUGAGUGUUGUUUUGUGGUAUCGUUGUCUUUCUAGAAUGAAUUCCUAACCAUGCAGAGAGACAGAAAGUUGUCAUAUGGACCUAGCAUAUGACUUUAUAAAAUACUUAAUGUCAAAAAAAAAAAAAAAUAGACUCUUUACAAACCCUACAAUUACUGUCUUUUAAAGGCACUUUUUUGGUUUUAUCAUCCAUUUUGCUGAUGUUUAUUUUAGCUUUGUAAAGAAUGAGAAGGUACAAAAAAUUCUCUCAUCUCGCAAUUGUUCUCAUUUUUCAAAAUGAAAAGGGACAUAAAUUUUGCAUGGGGUUUUGUACUGCAGAGGCCGUGGGUUGGGGUGGUGGGAAGGAUACCAGAUCGGGAGCUGAGGGGGUGGGGAGGAGCCCUGGGCGCGGGGUGGGCUCUGCCUCCAUUAGCCGAGGGUAGAAUGUGGGCCUGGGAUACAAGAUGUCCAAGUCUCUUCUAGCUCUGCCCACCUAGAGCCCAACCAUCACUUCGUAAAUGUGUUGAAUGAAUCCACGGAUGAACAAGCUUAUCAAUAUGAUUUUAAAAGUUCAUCUGGAGGCAUGAUUGGAAAUCUACAUGUAGGUAAAAAUGGAUUUAACUAUUUAAAAGAAGAAGAGAAUACAGUUCCUUUUCUGCAAACAUUUAAACAAAAUAAAAGCUGGGUAAAUCUGACCUUCCAGCCUUUCCAUGCAGAUUUAAAGAAGGAAGGUUUUGAUGCCUGUGUGGUUUCCACAGUGCAUGGCAGUGUUUUCAUGUCAGGUGAUCCUCAGCCAUAAGUUAUUUCUCAUGUUUUCUUAGAUGGAGCUUUACAUCCUUUUAACGUUACUUGGGGGAGGGAACACUCAGUAAAGGGAUGCCCAGGGCCAUCUCUGGUGGUCCCGAUAGAGGUGGGAUUCUUCCCUUGCUUCUGAGCACCAUGAAGCCAGCCCGGAAGGCUGCCGUCCCCACCUCCCUGUUCCGGCCCCGUCCUUGUUCCUUGUUCCGGAAGAGCUUGGCUUGUCAGUGAGGCGUGACCAGAGCUGGGCUGCGUGGAAGGGUGGCAGAUGUUCCUGCUUAGUUAUUUCUUUAAAUUUCAAAAAAUAUUUUCCUGUUUGCUUUGUAAGUGUUUUGAUUAUCCUUUUUAUUUUUCCUCUUAUCAUAUGUACAAUCGAGAUGACAGUAUAAUGGAAACAUUUAUAACAUGGCUCAUGACUCAUAGCUCCAAACAGAAAAAAUAACAAAUCAUUUUCCCCCACCUUCAGAUAAAUACAUGCGUGCAUGUGUAUGCAUGCGCAUGUGUGGCUGUGUAUGUAUUCCUGUAUGUGUGGAGAGAGAAAAAGAGCAAAUGUGGCGAGUCCCUCACUAUCAGCUUUAUAAAGGAGUUUGACUCCAUCCACAAAAGAAUGUAAGACUGGGGAGAGACACUGAAAAUCUAAAGAAAUGGUUACAAAAAUCAGUGUCAUACAGUUGUUGAGAAUCAUUUCCUUAGAAUAAUUUAGGCUUUUUAUCAUUUAUAUUUGCCAAAUGUGACAGGUAAAUGGUCAGGUUCUUCCAACCCCUUGGAUUCAUUUGUUUGUUUCAGAUGAUUCGGGAUCAAGGGGAAGACGUAGUAAGUCAUCUUAAUGGAGCUGGUAUUGCCACUCAGAUUCCUGGCUGCUUGAACACGGCAUCUUCAUAAAUUCGGGAGUCAGUACUGUCCUUGGCUGGCUCUCGAGAACCAGCUGGAUAAGUUUGCUUAUGGUCUUGGGUGAUGGCGGACAGAGAUGUGAGGGGAGUAUCAGUCCUCGGGUGAGCAACUGGCAGCCAACGAGUCUUUACUGACCUUGCAUCAGGGGCCUAGGAUUAUGUCAGAAGGAAUGGGAGACACGGUCUCUGCCCUCAAACAGUUUACCCCCUAAUUUUAACAACGGAAUAGCUGUCGUUUCAUAUUAUUUUAUGUUACUGAUUGCUCAGCUUAAGUGUAUGGGUGGCAUGUCAGGGAAGGCUCUAGGAGACAGUGUGGUGUAACAGGAAAAGCAGGGGAGGCCUGGGUUUUAGCCCUUUCUCUGUUGCUGGCUCUGUAGCCUUGGACAAGCAUUUUCACUUCUUUGGGCCUUAGUUUCUCAGUUUUUUAGGGGAAAAAAAAUUCUGGAUGCCAAGACAUGCCUGCUAGAUCUGACUCCAUGGGCGGGACCUAGGAAGUUUGUUAGUGGGAAGCUCCUCUUUUUACCAACCAGCCAGGUUACAGCCAGGCUUAAGAGCCACCAAACUAGAAGAUGUCAAAGAUCCCCUUCUCAUUCUCUGAUUGUGUGAACAUGUAACAUUAUUGUAUUAAUUAUGCUGCUUAAAUGUGGGUAAGUAGACACUUACCAGAUUGUCUAUUUGUUUACAGAUGAACUUGUAUAAGAAAUACAUUUCAGUAUAUGUACCUCAACCUGCUCUUUCUUAGAGGUUUUAGCAGUCUUUGGAAAACAGAUAAUUCUUAAGAGGGUAUUUAAUGUUAUUUACCUGGACGUUUUCCCUCCAUUUUAUUUCUUGAGGGGGUAUCGAGCCUCCGGGAACCAAAGAAAUAGGAAUACAAAAUUGUCCUGUAAAGCUGAAGGAAAAAAUACAUUAUUUCUUACUAUCUAGUACUUUCUGAUGAAAAUUUAAAAAUUACAUGAGAAGAUUCUUCUCUUGCUGCGAGCUCCCCUUGUCAUAAAGGAAGAUGUCUGUGUUCAAGCUGGUGGACCAGAAGGCUUACACUGAAAAAUAAGGCUACCUUCUCUAGGGAUUGGUGAUGGUAACAUCACACUCACAGUUCUCAAUCAAUGAAAAUAAUACAUAAAUUCCCAAAAGCAAGUGGAAGGUGGUAGUGGACAAAGAUGUGUUACAGUGCAAAAUGGGAUGGAGGAAGAAAGAAGGUAAAGCCCUAAAGCAGGUGUGUGUGGGUCCACGGGAAAGCAGCUUUCUACGGCUAUGAAGGGAUCGUGCCAUUUAUCAGAGAUUAGGAGCUAGAGGCUUCCUGCAGGGAGGAAGCUUUGGACUUGUCUGUUCUUCCUUCUGUUUUAUUGGGAGAGAGAGAGAGACUGACUGACUGACUCCUCAUCUUAUUCUGAGUCUGGGAGAAGCUGAAGGGUUUCUCUGGAGUCAGAAAGCAGUGGUAAAAUGUUAGUUAGCCAACGUGGCCAGGGAUAGUAAAACGGGGGGGAGAAAGUCUGCCCCCCUUUCCUGGUCCCGGUCAGUAUCAGCACUGGUAACCAGGUUAAAAAAGCCCAUUGGAUUCCGGGGUUGGCUGUCCUGGCACCGAUGACACAUUUGUGUCCCCACGUUUGCAACUCUGUAUUUCACCCUAGAGCUUGAAUAACGUCAGGGAAAAGGGCAGCGAGGAAGGAGUUAUCCUUCCAGACACCACAGCUUCAGAUACAAUUUUCUGAACAUUUUUCACCACUGCUCAUUUUUGCUUUUUGUUUUUUCUAGAGGGAUUGUGAUGGAGGCUCAACUCCCCUGGGUUGUGUUUUAUAAAAUGGCCUAGAACUGUGGAAUUUUAGCUCCAGAAAGUCUUAGCGUUGCGUCAUACCACGUCAUAGACGUUCACUGUUUCCAGAAUUCCAUUGGACGCUUGCCAGGGAAACUGUGGCCAUUGGUAGAUGGGUAAAAAGAAGCGCGUUUUGUACUGCAUGUCCUAUUUCUGGUAUCUCGUUCAGCAUUUAAAUUUUUUUUUCCUGAAGAACAUCCUGUAUUUAUGAAAACUUCCUUUAAAAAAAAACCACCACAUAAAGUAUCCCUUUAUUAUCAGACUGCUCUGAUUUAGCCUUAUUUUUGUUAAGUUUUUUAGAGAUGAACAAAGUGCUGCCAUGGAAAGAGAUGUAUUAUACACUAUUUCUGUAUCAUUAAAAUCAAAUUUUUAUGGUU